CGCAGUCCUACAGUCGGUAUUUUUUCGAAAUUCUGCGGGAUAGGAUUUUGGUCGAAGUUUGGGAAAAGCAGGAAAUAAAGAAGAAGAUGAACACUCCUGCAGCACAACAGCCGGCGAACUUGUCGUCGACACGCGCCGCCUACAGUGCUUCUUCUACAACCGGUGCUCUGGAGAAUGCAUUGCAGCGCGGACUACAGGAGAGCCACUCUUUGAUGCUUCCUUCCGACGUUUUGGUGAUGACGUUGCGAGCUUGUGCGAGUUUUUUGGACCCGGUUAGCUAUUUGUGGAAGUUUGAAAUCGAGAAUCUCGACGUCAAUCCCAAUGCUUGUGAUGGAGAAGAUGAUCAAGGUCUAGACCAAGAGCUCGCGACGUCACCACAAGAAAACCGAACACCAAGCACGGAAAAUACUGCCUGGACAGGUUGUAGUAGUACACCACUCUCGGCACGACCAGGUGGAACAACUACAAGCACAACGCCGCCGAGCCUUUCCCUGGAGGAGCUGUCGAGGCAAAUCGCGAAAGAAAAGAAGGAGCAGAUUCGGCUGACCAAAGUGAAACACGUGGAAUUGUUGAAGUGCUUAGCUACCGAAGUGAAAAAGCGGCUGAAUGCCGUGUUAGUCUUCAGGACAAAUCUGGAAAUUGCAAAUGAGCAGUCCCCCGGGGUGGUGGAACAAGAAGACCACGAGCGAAAAGAGGCUCAGAAUAAACAGCAAAGAAACGAUCCCCACACCUGCCGUGCCGCCGAGCCAGGAGUUACCGCCCUAACCACGCCGGAACUGGUUCAAGUCGUUUCCUCAUUCGCAAGGCUGAAGUUUUACGACUCGGACCUGUUCAAGGCUAUCAGACGGUAUACGAAGUCGCAUCUCAACCAGUUUACGAUCCGCCAGGCUGCGUUCUUCGCCCGCGCGAUUCUGGAAAACGACCAGGAGGCAAGUUUCAGCAACUACGGGCACCGCAUGCUGGCGAUACGCUGCUUCUUGGAAGAGGAAAUGGAAAUCAAUAAGCCGAGAAAUCGGUUUUUGGAAAUGAUUUUGGAAGCGGUCUUUCUACACCAGGACAUCAAGAUGAAUCAUGCAGCACAAGGAGCAAAAGCGAC